AUGAUCAUUGAAGAUGUGGCUGUGGUCUUCACCCACGAAGAGUGGGAUUUGUUGGAUCCUGCUCAGAGGAAACUCUACAGAGACGUGAUGAUGGAAACCUUGAGAAACCUGGCUUCAGUCGAACUGACUGCACAUAAAAGAAUCCACAGCGGAGAGAAGCCUUAUGAAUGUAAGCAAUGUGGAAAAGCCUUUAGACUGUCCUUACAGUGCAGUAGACACAUGCGGACUCACAGUGGAGAGAGGCCCUAUGAAUGUAAGGAAUGUGGGAAAGCCUUUGUUAAUGUCUCAGGCCUCAUAGUACAUAGAACAAUUCACAGUGGAGAGAAGCCUUACAAAUGUAAGCAAUGCGGGAAAGCCUUCAGAUUUUCCUCAGAGUGCAGGAGACACAUGCAAACCCACAGUGGAGAGAGGCCCUAUGAAUGUAAGGAGUGUGGGAAAGGCUUUCUAACAUCCUCAAGCCUCAGAACACAUACAAUAAUCCACAGUGGAGAGAGGCCCUAUAAAUGUAAAGAAUGUGGAAAAGCCUUUAGAAAAACCGCACAUCUUACAGCACAUAGACUAAUCCACAGUGGAGAGAAGCCUUAUGAAUGUAAGGAGUGUGGGAAAGUCUUUAGAACAACUUCAGAACUUAAAACACAUCGAGGAAUUCACAGUGCGGAGAGGCCCUAUGAAUGUAAUGAUUGUGGAAAAGCCUUUAGAACAACUCACAUAGAAGAAUCCACAGUGGAGAGAGGCCUUAUGAGUGUAAAGAAUGUGGAAAAACCUUUACUUAGAACAAUCGAAGUAGAGCUCACACUAGAAGCAGUACCUGUCAGUGUACAGACUGUGGAGAAGACUGCAGGUGUCCUUCUCACCUGA